AUGUAUGCAGUGUAUGUGGCGACUCCGUCAUUCUCACAGCACACAGAAACGUGCUACAAAUUUCUCUCCACUUCAUCUCGUCCAGUCGCUCGGCUACACGAUGAUGAAGCCCUCUCACCGAUUGUUUUCCUACUAGGCGAAGCGUCCCAACCCCCUGCGACUCACUUCCCGUCUUUCUUUUCGCCUGGACAGUUCAGAAUAAGUGAAGCAUGUAUCAGCCAGAUACAAUCAUGUCGUUCCAAGACAGCAGCAAAAUCCCAUUCCUCUGCUUUCCAGACCAACAACCCGCUAGAAAGCUUGGCUAUUGCUUGUUUCCCUUCCGUCUUGUCUUUUGCGCCCGUCGCGUGCGAGGGUGUGGGCAAGCGAUGCACCAACAUGCUGGACCAAGUUCAAAGUUGCAGCGCCGGGAGAGCGGCAAGCACCAAGGCCAAGCUUUUUUGGAAACCGUCAAUCAACGCCCCCCAUCUUAUCCCUAGCAUGGGGGGGGACAGUCCAACGCUGCUCGUGGCCCCGAAAUUUAAAUCUAGUGAUCGGCCGUGUACCCCAACAUCACCUACCAAAUAUAUCCGUGAUAGUCGGGGCAAGAGCUGA